CAAGGCACCUCCCUUGGUCUUUUUCAUAAGGCAGAGGACACACAAUAGAGUUCGCUCAGCAGGCUUUCAACGCGACCGGCCAGCAAUGCCAAAACUAGCUCAACCGUGACUCCAUUUCCAGAAGGAUCAGGACUUUAGUCAGUUUAGACUUCACUAUGAACUGGUCUGUUUAUAGUUAUCGUGCUCUGAGUUACUGAUGGAGUAAGUACAGAGGCACAACAAACGUUUAUUUUUUUUAGCCAUUAAGAUUUAGAGGGAUCUCUGGAGGGGACAACACCCGCACUCUGACAAAUGUGCUGAGCAAAAGGAAAAGACUGAAGAACAGAGACCACUGAAGAAAAAAAGGAAAAGAAAUCGGACACAGUCCAAGUAAUCAUGGCAGCUGACGGAUUCCAACUGAGCAACCUCUUCCUGUUUAUGCUGGCUUUGCCAAUCGUGUUGGAGGUCCGUAGGGUCCAGGCUUGUUGGAUUGGCUCUGGGCCGGAGUGUGAAAAAGCCCCUUUUGUCCCGGGCCAUAACCUGGCAGGGGAAGGUUUUGAUGUGGUGCGCAUGCGUCGGACAGGAGCAUAUGUCAUCGAUGUUAAAGCUCAUCUGAGUGACAACAACACCUGUACACUCUGUCCUAACCGCUACAAUGAAGGAGAGAUCCAGAAGCUCCCUGCAGCAGUGUUGGACUGGCGGCCCUUCAGUCGUUGCAGUAAGCAGCUUUCUAGCGCCCUCCACCACUCUGUGAACUCCUUGUUGCGUAGCUCCAGCUCCCUGGUCACUAACAACUGGGGCACAGAACUCAAUCUGGAUGAACUGGGGAAGGCGGUGUUCGGGGGAAGCCGCUCAGACAUGGCGAAGUUUGCUCGUUCACAGGACAGUGUGGACAAGGCCACCUUUGCCACCCAUGAAAUCAGCUGCACCUACUACAGCUACAGGCUGGCUGAUGAACCCCAGCUCAGUGCAGAGUUCGCCAAGCAUCUCAAGAGACUCCCACGGAGCUUCAACAUGAGCCAGAACAGAGCUCUCUACAGACGUCUGAUAGACACCUAUGGGACACACUACAUACACCAGGUACAACUUGGCGGUAAGGUAAGACGAAUCACUGCGUUCAGGACCUGCCUGGCUACACUGAAGGGCUUCUCAGAGUCCGAUAUCAAAAAAUGCCUGAACAUUGAACUCCGGAUGGCUUUGGGAUUCCUCCCCGUCAAUGCAUCCUUCUCCAACAAAUGUGAUAAUCUCCUGAAGAGUAAUAUGACCAUGGGAUUUUACCAAGGCUUCAUGACCCAUAAGAUUGAGGUUAUUGGGGGGGAGAGGUACUUCCCUGACAUCCUUUAUAAUCAGGAUCUAUCUGAGGCAUACCAUAGCUGGAUGAACAGCCUCCACAAUAACCCUGAUGUGGUUUCUUAUGCCAUCUUCCCUCUGCAUCAUCUGGUGGAAGACCAAGAGAUCAGUGAUAAUCUGAGAAACGUUAUCACAGAGUAUAUUAAGGAGAACCAGCUAUCAGAGGACCGAGUCGGUUUUAGGAAAUGCUCCCCAACUCCCAACCUGGACCAUAACUGCUGUCCUCUGCGCGCUGGCAGAGGAACUCUGAAACUGGAGAUCCACAGAGCUGCAGGUCUGAGGGCAGACACGUUCACGAAAACAGAUGCGUAUGUCAAGAUCUUCUACAAUGGCAUAUACGAGGAGACGGAGACGGUGAUGGACAAUAACGAUCCAGUGUGGAAUGCCUCUUAUGACUUUGGCUCGGUGGAAGUGGGUCACCCGUUGACCUUUGAAGUCUGGGACAGGGACGUGCUUUACAAUGAUGUGGCCGGGAGAUGUGUGGUUUUCCCUGAACUUGGCACUCACCCUCUAAGCUGUCAACUGAGCAAAGGGGUUCUUUAUUUCACUUACACCACCAAAUGUGAUGCUCACCUGACAGGUUACAGGUGUGGGCGAUACACCCCCAAUGCAGAGUAGAUUGCUUGAUUAGAAUAGACCAUUAUUGUUGUUCAUGUUUUUUAUACAUCUGUUUAUAUGGCUGUUGUACUGAACCGAAUUUCAGGAGAAUUAUCAUCCAGGAGGAACUCCAGAGGGAUUAUCAGGGUGUUUUCAUUUUCUCCUCAUGUUUGUGUGGGUUUCCUCUGACUGUCCAAAGUCAUGCAGGUCAGGUGAAUGGACUGUUCUAAAUUGCCCAUAGAACUGCCCAUAGUGUGAAUUUGUUAUCACUGUCAUGGGCUGCCAAUUGGUCCGAGCCCCGUGAGAAUCUGAUUACGGAUAAAUGGCUAUGGAAAAUGGGUAGAUGGAUCAUCAGGCAUGGCAAUUAGGAUAACAAAACAGAGCAGGUUACAUAAACAUCAGGUGGUUCAAGAGGACUGGAUAAUGAGCACUGCUGAGAACUGCCAUUUCCCUUGUGUUUUCCCUCUCAAAUUCAGUAGAAAAGCAGUUGAUUAGGAAGCAAUUUCUGCCAACAAUUUGGCUGCCAUCCACCUUUAUCCACUCUCCAGUCACUUCACAAUAAUAAAAUGCAUCUACCACAACUGGUGUCAUCACAAAUGUGAUGGCACCAUAAACUAAAGUUUCCAUGACACCAUUAUGGAUGGUGUAUUCAUCUCUGUCGGUGUUGAGUCCCUUACUUGAGACCUGGGAGUUUAAGUAUUCUGCGUAAUAUCUUAGCCAUUCCUAGAACUGCAGCCCUGUGGAUAGAAACCUCUCCAUCUUCUUAAAUUCCUUCCUCUUGAUGUUGCUCUCACUGGGAAUUGUUAUAUUUAUCACCACUUGUUUUGUGUUUAUUAGUACAAUAUCUGGUGGGUGGCCAGUACUUGUAUAUCUUUCUGGACAUGGAAGUACCACAGCACAUCUUAGCUCUGUCAUUCUCAAGUGUUACAUGCUGUCCAGCCCAUACUCGACAGUGAUUCACCCUGCUGGAGAGAGGCCUCUUUGCACAGUCUGCACCUCAGUUAGCCUGUUUCCCUCCAGACUCUAAGUUUACAGUUCUUGGUAUCAUUGUCAGCUUGCCAAAGGAUAAAUGAAGGCUUUUCAGCACUGUGAACAGUUGGGAAUCUGUUGAUAAAAUGAUGCUAUAUUCCACUCUGCUUUUUUAAUUACUGCGUGGGUUUUUGUGUGCCAGACUACCUUUGAUUAAGAACUUGAAUAUAAGAAAAUACUCCCAUCUGGCAGAACCAAAUGUAAAAUUUGGAUGGCACAUCAACAUGGCUGUGAAGUUGUUAGUAUAUGUGCAGUAUGGGAACCUCUCUUCCCUUGUCUUUGCAGGAUGUUGCAUCCCAACACCCAGCAGCGAUCUGCUGCAUAUUAAUGGUUACCAUAUAAUGUUAGAUAACUGUAAAAUUUGUGCGACAAAGGAUCCAUAGCAUCCAUAAGGAUCAAGGUUUUGCUGCAUAAUGAAUGCAUAUAGCACCAACGUUUUGAA